ACAAGUCAAGAGAGAAUGUAAAAGUUUGAUUCUGGUAGAAGCAAUCUGACAGCAUAGUUCAACAACAGCCCACGGGGAUGCCAGGAUAACAUCUCCUGAAAGAUGUCUCUAAAUUACAUCAAGAACUUCUAUGAAGGAUGUGUUAAACCUCCAACCGUGAUUGGCCAGUUCCACACUCUCUUCUUUGGCUCAGUGCGAAUGUUCUUCCUUGGAGUGCUGGGCUUUGCUGUCUAUGGAAAUGAGGCUUUGCACUUCAGCUGUGACCCAGACAAAAGAGAGAUAAAUCUGUUCUGUUACAAUCAAUUCAGGCCAAUAACCCCCCAAGUGUUCUGGGCAUUACAGUUAGUGAUUGUCCUGCUUCCUGGAGCUAUUUUCCACCUGUAUGCUGCAUGCAAAAGCAUCAAUCAAGAAUGCAUUCUUCAAAAGCCCGUGUACACUGUGAUUUACAUCCUCUCGGUGUUGUUAAGAAUCAGCCUGGAGGUAUUAGCAUUUUGGCUUCAGAUUCACCUCUUUGGCUUCCAAGUGAAGCCUAUAUACUUGUGUGAUGCUGAAUCUCUUGGUAAAAAAAUAAAUAUUCUAAAAUGCAUGGUUCCAGAACACUUCGAAAAGACUAUUUUCCUCAUUGCAAUGUACACGUUUACUGUAAUCACCAUGGUAUUAUGUGUUGCCGAGGUUUUUGAGAUCAUAUUUAGAAGAUCAUGCUUUCUCUUCAAACGAUGA